AUGGUUGUUAAUAAAGUUAAUGUGAGUGAUGAUAAUAUAGACGAUAUUAAUUUAGAAAAUGCAGAUGUAGAUGAAGCCUUUGCAGGUGAAGCUACCAAAGUCGAAGAUCCAGCAAUAGAAAUGGAAAAUAAACAACUUGAAGGUGAUAAAAUAAGAAUAGACAACAAAGGUGUUAGAGAUGACAAAGGUAUUGGAGACGAUGAAGGUGUUGGAGACAACGAAGGUGUUGAAGAUGAUGAAGAUAUUGAAGACAAUAAUAAAACAAGAAUAGAUAAUUAA